AUGUUGAAGCAUGAAAAGAUACACAUUAAGAAAAUUAUGAGUGAAAAUGAGGCUGAAAACACAAUCUAUGGAUGUUCCUUAAUGGCAGAUGGAUGGAGGGACAGAAAAAGAAGGGCACUAACAAAUUUCUUAGUGAAUACUCCCCGAGGAAGUAUGUUCCUUGAACCGGUUGAUGCAUCUAGUUAUUCACAUACCGGUGAUAUCAUGUUCAUUUUAUUUGAUCAUUUCAUCAAACAAGUCGACCCGCGUGACGUUGUUCAAGUUGUCACAGAUAGUGCGAGCAACAAUGUUUUUGCUGGCAAGCUUGUGGAAGAGAAAUACAUGCACAUCUAUUGGACUCCUUGUGCGGCGCAUUGCAUAGAUUUGAUAUUUGAAGACAUCUUCAAAUUGUCACAUUUAAAAAGGACACUUGAUAAGGCAAUCGCGGUGAACACGUAUAUUUACAGUUGUACUUUGCUACUUAAUAUGAUGAGAGAGUUCAUCGGGCAAAAGAACAUGAUGAGACUCACAAUGACCCGAUUUGCCACAACUUUCAUUGCCCUGAAUUGA